AUGCGGAAAGUGUGCGCCAAACUGGUCCCCAAACUGUUGACCGACGACCACAAGAACAACCGAGUGGUGAUCGUGAGCGAACUUUUGGAACGCGUGCAAAUUGAACCUUAUUUUUUGGACAGCAUCAUUAUCGGCGACGAAACAUGGGUAUUUGAGUACGAUCCUCAGAUGAAGCGCCAAAGUUCCGAAUGGCACACCUUGGAGUCCCCUCGCCCCAAGAAGGCAAGAAUGAGCAAGUCGAAAGUGAAAACAAUGCUAAUUGUCUUUUUCGACGCCAAGGGUGUGGUGCACAAAGAAUUCGUACCCCAAGGGCAGACAGUCAACGCUGCCUACUACGUGGAUGUGCUCGAGAGAUUGAGAAAAACAGUCCUCCGAGCGCGAAAGGAUAUCGCCGGUACCUGGCAGUUGCACCAUGACAACGCUACCAGCCACAUUUCUCUGCGCGUAUGGGAGUUCCUGGCCAAGCACAACUUGAUGACGCUGUCCCAGCACCCCUAUAGUCCCGACCUGGCCCCGGCGGACUUUCUCUUCCCCAGAAUCAAGAGCGCCCUGAAAGGAGUCCGUUUUGGAACAAUCGAAGUCAUCCAAACCACUGUGACAAAGGCUCUAAAAGAGGUUUCCGUCGACGCCUUCCAGGAUGCGUACAGUGCAUGGCAGAGUCGCAGGCAAGAAUGUGCAGAUGCCAGAGGAGACUACUUCGAAGAAUUCUGA